AUGGGCGAGCUCCAAAACAACCAGUUGACUGUCGAUCUUGAUGUCGACCACAUCGCUGUUAGCCCUGGUGCCCCCGACCAGAUCGUCCCCCUGGUCUUGGAGAUCAACAAUCUCACUCAGGCAUUUACUGCCGGCCAAACUACUGCUCGGCAACAGCUGCUAGAGGUGGUUGAAUCAUUGUUAGCCGCGGUUGAAACCCCAAGAGAGGCGAUAGGGCGACACUGUUGGCGCAGUUCCACCGGAUUUGCCGCCAUCACGACAGCCAUCGACCUGGGUAUCUUUCGUCUGUUGGCUGAGAGUGAUCAACCCAAGUCCGUUCAUGAGUUGGCGCAUGCCACCGGAGCGGACAUCCUCCUCCUUCAUACCUUCCAUUCACUGAUAAUCUCUGCAGAACGCAUCAUGAAACACCUGGGAGCCAUCAACGCCGUCAUCGAAACCGAAAAUGGCGAAUAUGCCUGCAACAACUUCUCCCACACUCUCGCUCAUACCAAAUACGCCGACUCUUUUCCAGUAUUCAUGGACUGCUUCUAUCCCACCAUCUUCGCUAUUCCCAAAUUCCUCCAGCAGACGAAUUAUCGAAAUCCCACCAACAACCACCACAGUCCUUUCCAACUGGGCAUCCACACCACGCACACCUUCUUCGAAGCUCUCGCAGACAACCCCGUCCUGAGUGCCCAAUUCAACAACCACAUGUCCAUCUACCACAAGGGCCGCACCAGCUGGAUGGACCCGGGCUUCUACCCUGUCGACCAGCUGCAGGGUGACUGCCCGCUAGGGAAGGAAGACAUAUUCCUCGUCGAUGUCGGAGGUGGCAAGGGCCACGAUCUCAACGAGCUUUGCACCAAGUGGCCAACAAUUCCAGGACGAUUGAUCCUGCAGGAUCUGCCCGCUGUCAUUGCAGAAGCAACUGAUCUACAUCCAUCAAUCGAAUGCAUGGCCCAUGACUUUUUUACAGAGCAGCCGGUCAAGGGAGCCCGCGCAUACUUCCUCCACUCCAUCCUCCACGACUGGCCAGACGAUGAUUGCCUCCAGAUUCUCGCCCCGCUCAAAGCAGCCAUGGUACCUGGGGUCAGUCGACUCUUGAUCAACGAGAACGUGGUGACGGAUCACAAAGCGCCUUGGUAUGUGACUUCGCUGGACUUGAUCCUCAUGGCGGACUUUGCGGGGACGGAGCGGACCGAGGCGCAGUGGCGAGGGCUGUUAACUGAGGCUGGAUUCCGAGUGGUGAAGAUUUGGACGGCGGAUCGGUGGUCGGAGAGUUUGAUUGAGUGUGAGGUUGAGGUGUGA